AAUAUUAAUUUUUUUUAGUAAUAAUAAGUAGAAAAGAGAGGAGAGAAUCAAAAGCUAAUAAGCUAUUGGCGUUGUUGUGAGCUUCGAAACUUGUAAUGGCUGUGUCUCUGAGUCUGUAUCAAACUACAUAUCUUCCUCGAUUGCUUCCUCGCCAUCAAAAUCAGAAGACACCCAUUUCGAGAUUUCUUCAAUUCCGAUGCUCCAUCGACCCUAUUAAGAAGACGACAACCACCCUUAGAACUUGCAAGAAUUGCAAAACCCAGUUCGACAUUUCACUCAAUCACCUUCGAGCCUGUCGUUUCCAUACUUCUCAUUUUGGUGGAGAAACGAAGAGGAAGUUCGAGAGCGUGUAUUCUGGGGGCACAAUGGAUACUCCCGACUCAGGCCAGGUUUUCCAAUAUUGGCAUUGUUGUGGAUCUGAAGAUCCCUCAAGCCCUGGAUGCACAGCUGCUCCCCAUGCCUCCUACGACGACUGAUGCACUAUAAACAAUCUUACACACCGAAUUCACUUCCUCCCUUCCCUUAAGGGAACUAAUGAUAUUUUGUUCAUUAUGUGACUUUGUAUAUUGAACAAACAGUUUCCUAUUCAAUCUUUAAACUAUGACCAAUAUGAGAUUGAUGCUGUAAUUUGAAAACAUGUUGCAGAAUCUUUACUAGUAUCCUGACUUGUUACUCUAAAAUCUCCUUUGCUCCUCUAUUUGUAUGCAAUAUAAUAAAGAAGUUUUGUAAAGGAGUCUCAUUUUGGCCUCA